AUGGCAGGAAGAGAAGUUAGAGAAUACACAAAUCUAAGCGACCCCAAAGAUAAGAAAUGGGGUAAGGGAAAAGAUAAAAUUGACGAUGAGGAUAUUACUUUCCAACGCAUGGUUGCUAAGAUGCAAGAGGUUGCUGGGGAGCGUGGAGGUUACCUUCAUGGUCGAGGCGCCUUGGACAGCGAUGAUUUACUUUAUCUCAAGGAGCAAAUGGAAGCUGAGGAGGAUGCGGAGCGCCUCCUUCGUCGCACUGAAAAACGGGCAUUUGCGGCAUUUAAGAUAUCCUUUUGUUGUGGUCGUUUUCAGUUCACUGGGAGUUUAGCAUGUUCAAGGCUGGCAUUUAAUGUUUUCAGCCUUGACUGGACUGUCCAAGCUGCAAGUUUAGCAGAUUCAACACCUGCAUCUGUACCAUUGGCAUUUCGCGUUGAACCAAAGCCAAAGAGUGGUAUUAGGCAGCAAGAUUUGCUAAAAAAAGUUGUUGAGAUUAAACCUAAGCGACCAAGAUCUGAUGGCAACCAAUCAUCCCCAGCUUCUGGUAACACCCCUGUCACAACGUUGAAGCCUGAUCACGAACCAUCAAAAGUGAAGCAAUCUUUGCCAGGACCAAAGAAAGUGGAGGAACAAUCUUUAUCUGGAUCGAAGAAAGCUGAGGAACAUGCUCCAUUGGGGUCACAUGAAACCGAAGCUAAGCCUAAGGUUGAAAACUCUGGUGGGGGAUUACUUGGCCUGGCAUAUGAUAGUUCUGAUGAUGAUGAUGAUGAUGAUGCAGUUUGA